CAUCGAACUCUUCCACCGCAGAGUUAAGCACCUAGAACGCGAUCCACACAAAUGACGAGCGAACAAAGAACGUGAGACAACUGGCAAGAUGAGCGGGGCUGGGUCUUGGGGUUAUGGGACGUUGUUGCAAACAUUCCUGUGGGGCUAUCUGAUAGGAGGGCUGACGCUGCUGCCGGCUCUGGCUGUCUUUGCUUGGUACUGGACGACUACGCAAACAGGCGCAACGCCUUUCGAAGAGCCUCCAAACGACCUUGCAAAUCAAGAGCGGCGCAGGAAGUCGAACGGAUCGGUGAAAGAAGGAAAGGACGAGGACCUCAAGAGUCUCGGAGUUGGCUUGGAUGAACAGAUACUGGAAAGCUUGAAGGGCAGGACCCACGAGGCAGAUGUGUUUGCCGGCUACUUCGCGGUCUGCCGCGAGUAUGUGCCUGGUGGUGUGAAUGGCAAGCCGCCGGAGCGCACGACGCCUGCAGGCGCUGUGGUGGCCAUGGAGAGCCCCAGCAUAUAUCAGUCCAUGUACAGCAACAUAUUCAACAGGAACAAGACAAUGAGUCCCUCUUUGGACGCGCCGAAUGCGAAGACGAAGAAGGCGCGGAACGUCUUUUAUGUUGUCUUGAGACUUGGACACCUUAUGCUGUACGACAACGAAGACCAGCUCGAUGUUCGCCAUGUGAUCUCGCUCGCACGCUACAAAGUCGAUAUAUACGGUGGAGGGGAGCAGAUACCAGAAGGGGAGCUUUGGAUCAAGCGUAAUUGUAUCCGACUCAACCAGAAGGUCGAAAGCGACCCAGACGCAGAAGCGAAGGCCUUCUAUCUGUUCUCCGACAACUGCUCCGAGAAAGAAGACUUCUAUCACACCAUGCUCAAAGCCCAGGAACAUCAUCAGGAUCAUGCAGCCCAUCAUCCAUCGCCAGUUCCACUCAAAUUCGAAACACCAGAUCUUGUCAAGCUUGUCCAACAACUACACGCGAACGAAGAGAAUCUGCAUACCAGAUGGAUCAACGCGCUCAUUGGCCGAGUUUUCCUCGCUCUUUACAAGACGCCUGAGAUCAAGAAUUUCAUAGCGACAAAAAUCACCAAGAAGAUCGCCCGUGUACCAAAGCCUGCUCUCAUCAGCAGUGUACAACUACGCAAGAUCGAUAUGGGUACACUACCGCCUUUUGUUACGAAUCCCAAGCUGAAGGAGCUCACGGUUGAUGGCGACCUGGUCGUUGAAACCGAUGUUAGCUACAAGGGCAACUUCCGAAUUGAGAUACAAGCUACUGCCAGGAUCGAUCUCGGCCAACGAUUCAAAGCUCGCGAGGUCACACUUGUCCUGGGCUGUUACCUGAAGCGAUUGGAUGGCCACCUACUUCUUCGUAUCAAACCUCCUCCAAGCAACCGCCUGUGGAUGACCUUCGAGACCCCUCCACGUGUGGAGUUGUCGGUCGAACCAAUCGUCAGCUCGCGGCAGAUCACAUAUGGCCCAAUCCUCAGAGCUAUCGAGAGCCGUAUCAAGGAGGUGCUGAACGAGACAUUGGUGUCACCAAAUUGGGACGACAUGCCGUUUAUGGAUACGAUUGCGCAAACUAUAAGAGGUGGGAUAUGGGAGAGCUUAGCAAGGGGCAAGGAGGAACUCGAUCUGAGCAUAGACGGGACUUCAGGCCUCGAUGCUGUUCCUGUUGAGAUCGAAAAGCUCGAUACCGAAUCGAUACACUCUCACCUGUCCGUACCUUCGAGCUUUGAAUCAGAAGAGGUCGGUUUAGGAGUUUCCUCUUCAACCGAUUGGAAGGCCGCGCCUUUGAAGUCACGCUCCUUGCGGUCGGCACCGUCGGUGAAGCUAGGUUCCAACAAUACCUCUACCGACACGCUCGAGGCAAAUUCGAAAUCGACUCCACAUUUCACGCCGCUUGGUUCGCCGCUGCGAUCAAAUACCGCAGAAUUUGCAUCCACGUCUCCCAAUAGAUCCACAGAGAACGUGGCAUCGACACUCUGGUCAGAGUCCUCGCACUCCAUGCCAAACUUAACAGGCGAGACCGCCCAUUCCCGUUCCAAGUCGAAGGAGGUUCUGACCCCAGAACAAAUCGCCGCUGCAACUGCCGCAGCCCAUAGUGCGCAGACAAGCACUGCGAAAAAGCAAACUAUCAACCAGUCUCUCAACGCCGCCGCAGGAGCUGCCCGGAACUGGCUUGCCUCAAAACAGACUCAAGGGCCACCCCAUCGUAAGAAGAGUAGUGUUGACAGCACUCACUUGUCAGCAGGCGUACAUAUUCGAAAUGGGCAGUUCCACGAUGGCGAAGCCCCCUCCGAAGCACCAUCGUCACCACAACCUGUGAAGUCUCACACAGAGCCUAUGGGUCGUGGCCAGCCCCUACCGCCGCCUGGAACACCAUUGCCUCCGCCAGUCAAGCAGAAAACAUGGGGCGUCCCCAUACAAGCCGCCUCAGCGCUAGCAAACCUGGCGAAACGAAAGCCUGUUAGCAACGGGCCCUCCACAACGCCAGAAAAGGCCGGAGCCGACCGACCAAGCUCGUCGAAGUCUUCGUCGAAUAACAGUCUGCACCAGCUGCAACAGCACGACGAUCACGAGUCCCACGCAUCUUUAGGUACACAGGAGAGGACUUUACCGCGCCGGAAGUCAUCCACAGCAAGCACGACAAGUCAGUACCCUCCACCACUGCCGAGACGGAGACAGAGACAGUCUAGCGCUAGUCAACACUCGAACUCGUCUUUCCGGCACAGCGCAUACCACGACGGCGCGGGUGAAGAGGUGUUUGUUGUGGAAGCUCCGGUGGUAGAGGUUAGCGCGCCACCGAGUCCGGCGGUGGGCGUAAGUAAACAGCUCGGUGACGAGAGAGAAACAGGGGGAGACAAAGUUCCGGGGAGAGUGUCACGAGGCUCGAGUAUCAAGUCGAAUAAGGCCGAGGAUGAGCCUGGGCGUGGUACGUUCCCGUUUGCGUAGAGUUCACGCCGCAUGGUGGCGAUAGAGGGAUGUGGCCGACAAACACCGAGUUUAGAUGGUGAGAUGGAAUUC